UGUACGUCAAACCCCAUAGAGAUGAUGCAAAUAACGUCUUCUUCAAAUUGAAUAAUUUUUCUUGAUAUCUUCAAAACAUUAAUAUAAUGGCGUACAUGAAGAGUAGCAGCCCUUUGCCGCCCCCGGCGAAUCACCCGAAAGAUUGCAUGUCUGCGGCUACGAAAAGAUAUAAGUACCUACGAAGGAUGCUCAAAUUUGAUCAGAUGGACUUCGAAUUCGCAUUCUGGCAAAUGGUUUAUUUAUUUAUAGCGCCUCAAAAAGUAUAUAAAAAUUUUCAAUACAGGAAACAAACUAAAUCGCAGUUUGCCCGAGAUGAUCCUGCAUUUCUAGUCUUAUUUUCGUUUUGGUUAUUUGUUACCUCAAUUGCGUUCGCUUUAGUUUUAAAAUUACGAUUCUUCCAGUUUGUAUUUUUUAUGUUAUACGUUAUAUUUGUAGACUGCAUAGGUGCAGGAUUGGUGAUCGCUACGAUAUUUUGGUACAUUGCUAAUAAGUAUUUUAGAAACGGCGCCGAUCAAGAUGUCGAAUGGGGCUACACAUUUGAUGUGCAUUUAAAUGCAUUUUUUCCACCGCUAAUGAUCCUACAUUUUUGUCAGUUAUUUUUUUUCAAUGGUUUAAUAAGUCACGAAUGGUUCAUUUCAACGUUUAUUGGAAAUACAUUUUGGUUAAUAGCUUGUUGUUAUUAUAUUUAUAUAACAUUCUUAGGUUAUAGUUCCCUGCAGUUUUUACAGCGUACCCAAGUCAUUCUAUUAGCAAUGCCCAUUGUAUUGAUGAUAUUUGUCGUGUCGUUAGCAGCAGGACUUAAUAUGACGCAUAUGUUAAUGACCUUUUAUAAUCACCGUGUAAAUUCAUAAAUGAUUAUUAUCUUCGUUUCCUUAGAUCGAUUUUCUUUUGUAAUUAAUAGUUUUGUAUUUAUUUAAUGUCAAAUGUUCAUAUAUUUAUAAAUAAAAUAAAUAAUAGAUUUUUUUCUUUAAUUAUAUAUUAUUAUAUUUGUUUAAUGGAUAACAACUAUCAUUAACAUGGAUUUAUUUAUUUACAUCACGAAUUUGUUUAUUUAUUUGUUAAUUAUUGCGACGAUUUUGAUUAAAAAAAGAAAUACAAAACAUUAUGACGUGAUGAACAUUUAAUACAAGUAAUAACUCAACUAGGAAAACUUUGUUCGUAAAUAAUUAUGAUGAAUAAGUACAUUGAAAUUUAACGAUAAAAAAACUUGACGAAAUAGGAAACAAUAAAAAACGCGUAAAUGUUAAUCAUGGCUGUCUAAAAGUUUUGUUUUUUU